AUGCCUCCCCGUGGCUGGGGUUCCACUGGCAAUCAUGGGAAUGCACAAUCUGCUUCUAUCCGCGAGGGCGAGCAUCCUUGUAUGAAUCUGCGCCAGUUCUCCAUGCCAGAAAUCCGUGAGCCUUUGGAGGCGGAUAGGAUGCAGUCCCUACCACCACUCCGAGCAGCUGUAUCAGAGAAUAUUCCUCAGGAACAUGCAAGACCCGCGCGUUCGGAAGGAAUUUUGCCCGCCAUAAUAUCCUCCAACCAACCUCCUACGUCCAGACCAUCUCCUUCCUUAUCGGUCUUCGACUUGCCAACGGCGACGUAUAUGUGGCCUCGGUUCAACCCGAUGGCCCAGAGUAAAUCAAGUCGACUUCCGGUGAUGUAUGUCGAAUACAAGCCACCUUCAGAUCGUAUGACAUGCCGUCAGCGUUCUUGGCGUCAGCGAAGUCUGAACGAAAUUUCUCGCGAGGUUUCCGAUGGUAGUGGUGCCGCAUGGCAUAGUGGGGCUUCUAGCAGAAAGCGGAGCUCUUCCGAAGAAUCUGAGGCGUCACCUCCUAGCCCUUCGGACAGAUUUCUGAAACAUCCAAGGACUUCACGCAGUGGAUCUCCGUCGCAGAGAGAUAUCUGUUCUACUCCCGAGGCUGGUGAUUCCACUCGAUCUCAGUGCACAGACCAAGAUUUGCGAACUACAUUUGGUGGCCUGGAAAUCGAGUCGGAACAUAGCAGCGAGGAAACUUCACCGGCGCCACAAGGAGGAACAACUGAUGCAAUACUGUACCGUCGCCGGGAUAGAAAGUCUUCUCCUGAAGGCGGCGGAAGUGGGUGGACGAAGUAUGCGAGACCUCCCAAGCCGACCAAUAAACCUCCUAAUGAAUUGACAGACAAGGAGAAAGAGUAUACAUGCACCUGGCGUCUUGUCAACAAGGAUGGGAGCACGUCUCCUUGCCCAUAUCACGGCAAGAGGCAUCUGAUGAAGCGACAUAUCGAAUCGAAGCAUUUCAAACUUAGACCUUGCAUAUGUCAUAUUUGCGGCAAAGGCUUUGCACAAAAAAGCAACCUUCAGACGCAUAUAAACACUCACACUGGGGAAACUCCGCACAAAUGCCCCUAUCCUAAUUGCGAAAUAUCCUUCAGUGAUCCAGCCAGACGACACCGGCAUAUGAAGAAGGAUCAUCAACAUGUCUCAUCGAGAAGCAAGAAGAAUAGGCGGGAACCCAUCGACACGUCCCCGGAGGUUUCAGAACUGGAUGAAGACGACGAGAUGAUACCCUCUGCAUGA